UUUGAGCAGUGGGACGUGUGCAGCGAUGGCUCAACUGGUUGGACUGGUUUAUUUGGGAACUGAUCUGGCUGCAGCAGAGAGGCGUGCUCACACAGAGAUCAUGGCAGCAGCAGAGUCCAGCCCUCUGACCACUCACGUGCUGAACACCGGAGACGGCGUCCCGGCGGCCAGGAUGGCCCUCAGCCUCCACCGGCUCGACUCCAAGCAGAUGAUCUGGAGCAUGCUGACCGUCGGGACAACAAAUGAAGAUGGCCGCUGCUCAGGACUCAUCGGCCGAGAAGCGUUGGUCCCCGGCAUGUACAAGCUUCGCUUUGAGACGGGUUCAUACUGGGAGAAUCUGAACCAGACCUCCUUUUACCCGUAUGUAGAGGUUGUGUUUACCAUCACCGACCCGGAGCAGAGGUUCCACGUCCCUCUGCUGAUGAGCCGGUUCUCCUACAGCACCUACAGAGGAAGCUGAGCUCAGAGGACGACCGGCUGCAGCUUCAACACUCCAGCGAUGGAGAGACAGAGACAGAGAGUAGAUUUAUUGCAAAUGUUGGGGUGAUAUGAGCAUUUUAAUCCUCAUCAUCUUUAAUUUAAGUGCAUUUUUCAUUGUGACUGACAUUAAAAGUUUUACAGAAUAUGUCCUGUGUAUCAAUACAAAGAGUGUAAGCAGCUGAAAAUACAGCUGAAAUGAUUGGUUGAUUAGAUUGUUCUAUUUCAAUUUGUUUUAAUAAUUAUUUGAAGACAUUUUAUUUAUUAUAUUCCUUUAUUCCUUUAUUGAUCCCCAUGGGGGAAAUUCAAGUGUUGCAGCUGCUCAACUACACAGACAGACAAUAAAUACACAUACUAUACAACAUUUCCAGCAGAAAUGCCAAAUAUUUACUGGUUUAAGUUUCUUCACUGUCUUGUAUUAUAGUAAAUAAAAAAUAUAGGUUUUUUUGACUGUUGAUCAGACUAAACAAGCAAUUUGAAGACUUAACCAUUAGCUGUGGGGAAUUUGUAUGGAUGUUUUCCACUAUUAUUUAACUAUUUGAUUUAUGUAUAAGAAUAAUUCACGUUUUAAUAAAUGUAUUUAUUUAUUAAUUAAUAAGGAGAAAAAAAGUAAUUGUCAGAUUAAUCAACUAUGAAAAUAAAACAUACUUUUGUAACAA